AAGACUCUCAAACAAACCCACGACCUUGCCUUGCCACAUUAAUUAACACACACACACACACACACACAGAGACAGUGCAGAUCUCAUAAGAUCCGCAAGUGCUGCUCUUCCCUCUGCAAAAUCCUCACAAACCGCCAUGUCCAGGACAAAACCCACCUCCAGAUUCAUAAUCUUCUCCACCCUCACCCUUCUCUUACUAUUCACUCUCUCCUCCUCCGUCCUAUCUUCCGAGCCCGUCAAUGGCGACGACGAAGACUCGGAGGGCAUCGAGGAAUUACUGGCAUUGGACGAACAAGCAGACCAAGAAGAAGAACAGCAAGAGCAGGGAGUUAGAUCCUCGGAAGCCGAGCUCUUGACGAAAGCGCAGAGAAUUGUGGUUGAGCUUAACGGGGAUAACACGAAGAGGGUCGUCGAAGGGAAUGAGUUCGUUCUGGUUCUGGGUUACGCGCCAUGGUGCCCGAGAAGCGCCGAGCUCAUGCCUCAAUUCGCACAGGCCGCGACUUCGCUCAAGGAAUUGGGGAGUCCCCUUUUGAUGGCCAAGCUUGACGCCGAUCGAUAUCCCAAAGCCGCUUCGCUUCUUCAGAUCAAAGGGUUUCCCACUUUGCUUCUCUUCGUUAAUGGCACUUCUCUAAUCUACUCCGGUGGAUUUUCUGCGGAAGAAAUAGUGAUAUGGGCAAGGAAAAAGACUGGUGUGCCUGUGACUAGAAUAAACUCUGUGGCCGAGGCAGAAGGAGUUGUCAAGAAGUACCAUACAUUUGCAAUUGGUUUCUUCGAAAAUUUCAAGGGACCUGAUUAUGAGGAAUUUGUGAAGGCGGCAAUUGCUGACAAUGAAAUUCUGUUUAUUGAGGUUAACAACAUUGAGGUUGCCAAAGUUCUGUUCCCUGAUAUUAAGGCCACCAAAAGUUUCUUUGGUAUUGUCAAAAGUGAGCCAGAAAGAUACACGGCAUUUGAAGGGACCACAUUUGAAAAGGAUAAAUUGUUGCAGUUUUUAGAGUACAACAAGUUUCCAUUAGUUACUAAACUGACGGAGAUAAAUUCUGUCAAAGUUUAUUCCAGUCCUGUUAAGCUUCAGGUUAUUGUUUUUGCAGAGGAGGAUAGCUUCCAAAAACUUCUUGAGCCUCUCCAAGAUGUUGCAAGAAAGUUCAAGUCAAAGAUAUUGUUUAUAUAUAUCGACAUCUCAGAUGAAAACCUUGCAAAGCCCUUUUUAACCUUAUAUGGGAUUGAAGAAUCAAAGGACACUGUGGUGACUGCUUUUGAUAAUCAUAUGAGCUCCAAGUUUCUCCUAGAGUUAGAUCCAACACCAAGCAACAUAAAGGACUUCUGCUCUAGGCUUCUGGAUGGUACUCCUGCUCCGUACUUCAAAUCACAGCCCAUCCCUGAUAAUACAGAUGCGACUAUCCAGGUCAUUGUGGGAAAAACAUUUGAAGAUUUGGUCUUGAAUAGUCCGAAAAACGUUCUUCUGGAGGUAUUCACACCAUGGUGCAUCAAUUGUGAGACCACAAGCAAGCAAGUAGAGAAGUUAGCUAAGCACUUCAGAGGUUCAGAUCUAGUAUUUGCAAGAUUUGAUGCUGCAAUGAAUGAGCAUCCGAAGCUGCAUAUGCAGGUUGUUGACUAUCCUUCACUCUUGUUCUACAAAGCUGGUGAUAAAACGAAUCCGAUCAAACUUUCUACGAAAUCCAGCUUGAAGGACUUGGCGGGAUCCAUCAACAAACACUUGAAAGCCAGAGAUAAAGUCACAAAAGAUGAACUAUAGAAAAUUAUACUCAUUAGUAUAUAUUUACUGCUAAGAAUUUGAUAUGAGAAAAGAUAGUGAGCUAAUUCUGUAGCGAAAAAAAGAGUGUAAAAAGGAAAAGGAUCAAUAUAACAAGGAAACUCAAACAUGCUUGAGGACCUUGGUCAAGUUUUUUCGACAAAAGCAUCAUCACAUCCACUGCCUUGUCCUUUCUUUCUUUCGUUCUUUCUGUUUCCUUUGUUGGUGGACGUUAGAUCAAAACCAACAUUUUUUCAGCAUCUAUAUCCGAUUCAAUUAUGUAAUAAGAAUUGGGAAAAUGAGAAAAAUACUUG